AUGAUGUAAUUCAUAGCCGGUGCCUAGCAUCUGGGGUUCAAUGCACCUACAUCAAGCGGAAGCCGCGCCAGCCUCAGCCUCAGCACCGGCACCAACACAAUCCACGUGGUCCUGUUGGCAUGCAGUCAACGGAGUUACUGCGCCACUCGUCAUCUGGCGCACUCCUGGCCUGCGGCAUGCUGCCUUUGAAGAGGUUCAGGUUGAGUGCAUCUCCGGCGACUGGUCUCGUGGGCAUGCAGGAAAACACCUUCCUCAGCGACUUCUUCGGCUGCGUUGGUUUCUUGCCGCUCACCACCCCAAGUCACAUCCGCGGAGAAAUGGUGAGGAUGAUGACCCUCUCCACUGCCCCACACCGGCCGGACGCUUCGUACGACUCCCUCGAUCAAGGCCAGUUCGGCGCCAUCUUUUCCGAGGAUGGCAUUACCACGGGAAAUCAGCUGUCGGCAGGCCCCUCGGCUUGCACGUUUUGGUGUGCAGUUGGUGUGGGAGCACUUGUGAAGGGCAGCCCUGUUGAAUCGGUGGCGAACUACUCCCGACUUGCGAGAGAUGCACUGGAUGCCUACACUGGUCCUGUGAAUGCCGAGGUUGCAAUGGCGUGGGCGAUCUUGGGUUACUUCUACGGUUUCAUGGGAGACACGGCGACGUUUCAAGAGUACCUGGGGCUUGCAGACUCCUUUUUGACUGAUUCCAUCGAGCGAGGGUCGACGAACAUCCUUCCUGCGGGAUUCGCCGAGAUAAUCCGUCUCGAGCAGACCGUCAAGGUGUACACGGGACAUCUCGACGCUGCGUACAUCGACUUUUUGGGCUCCCGACGUGGGGAUCCUCCGCAGGUCAACCCAGCUGCAAACGAAGGGGAUCUAUUUCGUUAUUUUUCCCAGUCGCUUAACGCGUUCGAGGAACUUGUCUUCGAGAAAGCUUGCGAGAAGAGUUCGAUUCGCCGUCAUUUGAGCGAUGACGAGCCUUGGGAGGAAGACAGAGGCGGUGGUAGCCCUCAUGGCGCUGCCCCCCAGGCGGAAGAUGUCUCUGAUGCUAUGGUGAUGGGGCUCCAAGAUGGCCUGAUCGACUUCGAACACCUACAAGAAACAGUUGAUCGAUCAAACAUUCGCAAGGGCAUCGGCGGCCUUCUCAUUAACAUGUACCUGGCAUUUCAAAAGGCAGGGAAAGGCGACGCGGGUGGGGCGUUGGAGAGGUUAGGGCAUUGCGUCGAGGCAUUUGAGCGGUACCCUGGCGUGUGUCGCUGCAUGAUGCUAUGGUGUCACGCUUCGCACUCUAUCUUGGGAGCCCUAGCAGCAAUUAAGAGUUCCAGAGCUCGGGAACUCUACAACCGGCUGCGGGAUGUCUACAAUCCUUCUCGCCCCGCUUCCUUCCUGCCAGCACCACCUUUGGAAGAGUGGCAUGGGACGUCUUCGUUCUGCGAUGAUUUCCAGUGCAGGUGCUUUGAGGGUAUCAUCGCGAGUCGAGCUCGGAACCUUUUCCCCGCCCCAUCCGACUGCACUAGCAACAAUACCGACCAGCAGCAAACUAAUUGCACGGAGGACUAUCUGGAGGUUGUCGACGAGGAACAUGAUGGCAGUAUCAUAUCAGCGGGUGUCAUUCCUGAGAAGGCGAUCGGCUCGAUCAUGGAUGCGCCUUGCAGCAACGGAGACAAACCAAUGGCAUCUACUAGCUUGUGGGAAUUGAACCAAGAGCCUGCACCACAAAUGGGUCCACCUGUCGGACCGAGCUUGUCCACUUCACAUGUCCACUGCUGUGGGCCGGACACGGGAGGAGGAAGUGGUACUGACAUUUACAGCGGUGCGGUCGAGGGGUGUGGUGGUGGAGUGCUUGCCGGCUUGGUGGCCCCAGUUCCCGAUAUGUCCUUGAGAUUGCCGGAGUUGACACAGGUAGAUGGGGUCCCAGAGGAGACAGGCGAUGAUACAAUUGCCGCAGCAGACUGGCUAGAUGUUACUCAUGCUAUGUUGGGAGCAUUUGACCAAAUUGACCCGGCGCUGUAAUGUUUACGCUUUUAGGUCAGGUUGUCGCUGUUGAAUCUGUGUGCGAAGAGGCAUUUUCUACACCCACAAUUACACUAAGCCCCAUUGGUGUGACAGCGUACACAUGAGACCUAUUGUUUGUCACCUGAUGAUAAAAGGGUAGCCGUCCCUGGCGGUGGAUUUUUCCGAAACAGCUGUGCACUGCAGCUCUUUGCGAGAACCGAUCAAUCAGAGAUGGGACCGAAAGAGUGUGUGGAGUGUGUUUGGGAAUGUGCAAGGGUUGUUCUCGUGAAUAGGUCCAUGUAUGCUAGAAGCGCUUCAUGGUUGUCUUUGAAGAAUCUCAGAAAGAUGGAAAGCGCCCGAAUCAUCCAGGGAGAUUAUGUAGCACCUUUUGUGACACAGCGGUGAUGUCUGGGACAAAAAGUGCGCCGGCCUCGCGAGCGUCCUGGUUGGGAGCAUGUCACGGCAAUCGAGAGAACUGCUGUCCCCGUCCGUAUAUGCGCAGAGCGUCCGCCCACUCGGUGUUUUGUGCAGCUGAGGGCGCCGCCGCACGAGCCCAAUCGACAUCUUCUCGGGGGAGAUGAGGACAGACGGAGAGACCGACCAUAGACUUGGGCUGGCGGCGGUCCACUAGGUGUUGGUUCCAAGCGUCCGCGUCCAUCUACACUGGCGGCCAGAGGAAGGUUGUGGGUAUAGGUUGGGGCACCGACUACAGCCUGGGGGGUGGGGGCACCGACUACAACCUGGGCGGGGGGGGGGGUUGCAGGGAGGUUACAGCCCAAAGUGUGAAUGUUAUCCGGCAUCUCGGAUAGUGUUGUUUUUCCAACACGCAAUAGCGACUUUCUUUGUAGAGCUUUUCCCCUCUCUCGGCAGGCUCGGGGUUGGCACACGAUGUUUGCACCGGGGUCCAAGGCGAACGCCGAGACGAUGCCAACAUCCGGGACGGGACGAAGUUGUCAGUGCAGCGUGUUUGGUGCAGGCCGGCGGGAUAUGGCCUUUGGCGUUUAUUUACAUCUCGCAGCGUGUAACCGUAUGCACAGAAAUUUGAAGUGCUGAAAACUGAGAAGCUGAGAAGGGAAUGAAGGGAAGAAGGGAAUGUUGGUUGGGUUUGGUUCCCAAUCUGAACCUUGGUUCGGUGCAUUGCUGCAUUGGUGAUUGGUGAUUGGUGCGUUGUGACAACAUGACGUCAUGACGUCGACGUAAGCAUAUUUGGCCG